AUGCCAAAGACGGAUAUGGAUCAAUUGUUCAAUGUACAUAAUACACAAUCAACGAGUCUCGAUGUUAGUAAGAGGCCGUUAUUUUACGAUCUUCCUGAAAAUACGAUUAAUUCUUUAAUACAAACAUCACUCAAAUUUCAUAAUGAUAGUGAUCCUAUUAACGAUUCACUGCUAUUGAAUGAUGAUGAUUAUACUUUUACUAGCAAAGAUCAAUUCGAAGAAUUUACUAAAGGUGGAAUUAAAAAUUUACCUUAUCUUCAUCCAAAGGACAUUGCUGCUACACUACGUGAAUUUGAUUUAAACCAUGUUGGAACAGUCAUACCCAAGACAGAAGAUGAAACAAAUAUUGACUUGUCCGAUUCAUGUUUUCCUGACGAUUUUAAAGACAUUUCCCUAGUAGAUAAUAAUUUUACCCAAUUAUUGCAAGAAAUACCGCGUGAUUUAUUAGCAGAUAUGAAUGGUCAAUGUGCAGGUAAUGAUUCAUUUGGAGCAACAUCAGGAGAAGAUCAAAUCAUUGAAACUAUUCUUAAUACGCAUCGAACAUCUGUAUCACGAACAUCAAUCGCAAAGAAAAACAGACAUAAUAAUAAACUCAAUCCUAAAAUUCAAAUAAUAAAUCGUUCAAGACCAUUUUAUUGUCCACGUACUGUAAAAGAAAGUAAAGAAUCAUCUCAUUAUCUUCAUCUAAAAUUAUCGAAUGACGAAUAUGAAUCCAUUGUUAUAAACAACAAUUUACUUUAUUUUCUUGUGAAUGCAGAAGGAUUUAACAAUAGAACCAAAACAUUUCCACUGGAAUUACAUAAACUUCUUCAAGAUGACAACAUAACAAAAGAAGUAACAAAAACAAAUCAAUUACGGGAAUUUUCGAUUAAGUAUCAGCCCGAGAACGAUCUCAUCUGUUACACUCAAGCCACUUUUUUCCAUCGAACACUUAAUCUCAGUCUCCGACAACGGCGGCUCGAUAAUAUAUAUUACUAUCGACAGAUCAUCAUCAAUAUCAUGCAUUGUCUCCGUCAAUUUCAACCAGCAGAAGAGGACCGUGUCUUGGUGACAGUCUAUCGUGGUCAACAAAUGACAGUGUUUGAACUUGACAAACUCACGAAACGUGUUGGCGAAGUAGUGGUGGUCGCGAGUUUCUUGUCGACAUCCUUCAAUUUUAAAGUUGCUCAAAUCUUUGCUGGCAAUGGAUCCGACAAUGAUUCACAUCUGGUCUCGGUCAUUUUCGAGAUACAGCUCGACACAGGUCGACCGAUGCGACCGUAUGCUCCCAUCAGUGGCAGCGAGGAAGAUGAAGUACUUUUCUCGCCGGGCACCAAGUUUGUGCUCAAGUCCUGUCAGAAACUUCACGACAGUGGCCAACUGUGGCUUAUCAGACUAGAGGCCAUCUCCGAAAAACAACAGGAACAGCUCGAACUAACACACGGAGAAACUUUUAUAUCUCCUACUUCCAUUUCCUACCGAUGGCCGAGGCCGGUCGUGGUCGUUCGUUAACUAGCCACCUGAUGAGACCCUUUAGCAAGGUCGAAACCGGUCUCAGCCAUCCACACAAUUGUCAGGUUUUUCAAAAUCGAUUUAAUUCAACUGUUGUGUUUGUGCCUGUGUUGCUCAACUGAUAAAUAAAGUUUAUAUUAAAAAAAUGUUAAUUCUAUCAGUACAAGUUCAUGGGUCACUAGCAAUGGGCUGUUAUAAUGCGUUGAGUUCCGACAUCGAUCUAUUGAUUUUAAUUCGUGACUCUCUAGAUUAGCACUGUCAUCGAAGACUGAUAGAAGUAAAAAAUAAAAAAACGGGUUAAGUUUCUCGAUCAGGGAUGAGAGAGAAAGCAGUGUUGAGCUACCUAGCACGUAGAAAAUGCAUGAAUCCCGAAUCAUCUAAAGAUAAUUUUUUUUUAUCAUUUAUGAUAGUUUUUUCUCAAACAGCAAACGUGCUGAAGCGCAAACAAUGAAUUCCUACAUUUUCAUACUCCUGAUACUAUACCUGAAUUUCCGAUUUUCGAUGUUGCGCAGAUCACACAAAAGUCCUUCUUGUUUAUAGCAUCAAAAUGAUAUACUCACUGUCUAAUGAUGAAUCAGAGGAUAUCGAUUUGUGAUUUCCGUUAUUGAAUAGAAGAGAUGUCACGCUACUAAGAACAAACAUCGAGUUUUGAUAUUUCACAAAUUUAGACAUGUGCUUGUUGCGCUUAAAAAACGGGCAAAAAUAUAGUUUAUUUUCAAAAUUCAACUAUUGACGGAUUACUCAACAAA